AUGGUCUUUGCAUCGACAUGGGCUCACCUAUUGCAGGAAGGUCUUGCCACCAUUGUCAUUGCGGCUCUUGCGUACUUGUUCAUCUCGAACUACCCAGAGACCGUCAGCUGGCUAUCUAAGGAAGAGCGCUCAUAUAUCAAUGCUCGCCUCAAAGCCGACAGCGACGCGACUCAUGACGAGAAAUUCACGUGGGCUGCUGUGACCAAUGCUGCUAAGGACCCGAAACCUACUAUCAUCAAGGACAUGGGAUAUACAGCCGCCCAGUCGCAGCUUCUUUCCAUCCCUCCAUAUGCGGCAGCCACGCUCUUCACUAUUGGAUGGGCAGUCCUUGCCGAAAGGUACAAGCGUCGCGCACUCUUCACUAUCAUUGCAUCCUCCCUAGCCAUCAUCGGCUACAUCAUCCUUCUCGUGAACAAGCAUCCCACUCAGAAACCUGGCGUGUCCUACGUUGGUACUUUCUUCGCAGCGAUGGGUAUUUAUCCUUCGGUCGCGCUGGUCUUGUCCUGGCCCGCCAUCAACGUCUCCGGUCAGACAAAGCGAGCGACGGCUAAUGCUAUGCAAAUCUCGAUUGGCAACUUGGGUGCUGUUAUCGGAACCCAACUGUAUCGUCCAGCUACUUCGCCUCGAUAUGUUCUAGGACACUCGGUCGCGCUAGGCUAUCUGGUCGGCAAUGUCAUUGUGGUCAGCACCUUGUGGUGGCUGUUGGCAAGAGAGAAUAAGCAAAAGGAGGAGUUUCUUGCGGCUAGUCCUCAGACAAGCGGGUUUCAUGACUCAGAGGAGGACUUGAAGUUAGGUGACAGGCACCCGAGAUGGCGCUUCAACACCUGA